AUGGCUGUCGCUGUCUCAGCUCGAUCUCACCAAGUCAGUAGCAGCCUUCCCGCUGAUUCAGCAGCUACUGCCUCGAAUGUGUCAACGUCACAAUCGUCCAAUCCCAGCCGUUCCUUACACGAUGCUGCAUCCUCAUUCGCGGAUCUUGUUCUCGGCGCUUCCAGCAAUCGCGCUGUACAAGAAGCACGGCCUGACGGACACUCCGCAUCUCAAGCCGGGAUUUCCGGACAAACCUUGGCUCGUGAAGUAGCUUCUCCCAAAGCUGACCUGUCAGCACAGCUGUCCGUCGCGGACCUGCUGACGUGUCUCUCGCGGAUUGAAGAGCGGUCCGAGCAGGUAAAGGCGGAGAUCAUACAGGAGGUGGAAGGCAGACACGAGGAGCUUCGGCAGCUGAUGUGGCACGCGUGCCAGGCUGGCGAUGACGUGGCGGUUCUGCUAGCUGAGGUGGAUGCCCUGGCUGCCAGCGUGUCACCAGCAGAAGCUACCGAAUCCGGACCUAGCGGAAGGGGGGGGGGAGGGAAUCAUGAUCCUGGCUCGGGACCAGCUUCGGUAACAGGCUCGGGGAUAGGUCUAGGCUCGGGAGCAGCACUAGGGUUUGUGGAGGAGGUGGUAAGGGCCACCAAUGAGGUGCGAGCAUUGAAUCAAGCAGCCAAUGAGAAAGCAGAGAUUCGGAAAGCAGUGGAGGAGAUUGUUCAUCUCCAAAGGAAGCAGGCAGAGAUGCAGGUGCUGCUGGGAAGAGGAAGGCUCCUGGAAGCUGCGACUCUUGCUCGGGCUCUUAAAGCCUCCUUCGUGGAGGGUGAUAAGGGUGAUGUGGGGAGGCCAAAGGAGGGGAGGGACGGGGAGGGAGAGGGGGAUAAGCAGGGCGAGGCAGAGGGGAAGGGCGGAGAGGAGGAGCAGGGGGAGGAGCCUGUGGCGGUGACUCUGCUGCGGCAGCAAGUGGACGCCAGCUGGGCGAAGCCUGUGGCGGUGACUGCUGCGGCAGCAAGUGGACGCCAGCUGUACGCAGGUCUGUGUGUGGCCCACCAGUUGCCCUACAUACAUGAAAGUUCCCAACCCCCUGCGAACCGGCCCCAGUUCCCACCCCCUGUGAACCGGCCCCAGUUCCCACCCCCUGUGAACCGGCCCCAGUACCCACCCCCUGUGAACCGGCCCCAUUCCCAACCCCCUGCGAACCGGCCCCAGUUCCCACCCCCUGUGAACCGGCCCCAGUUCCCACCCCCUGUGAACCGGCCCCAGUACCCACCCCCUGUGAACCGGCCCCAUUCCCAACCCCCUGUGAACCGGCCCCAGUUCACACCCCCUGUGAACUGGCCCCAGUUCUCACCCCCUGUGAACCGGCCCCAGUUCACGCGCCCUGUGAACCGGCUUGGGAACUGGAGCUGCAGUCCCGGGUUGGGGACUGGAGCUGCAGUCCCGGGUGCGGGACUGGAGCUGCAGUCCCGGCUUGGGGACUGGAGCUGCAGUCCCGGCUUGGGGACUGAGCUGCAGUCCCGGCUGCGGGACUGGAGCUGCAGUCCUGGCUGCGGGACUGGAGCUGCAGUCCCAGGUGCGGGACUGGAGCUGCAGUCCCAGGUGCGGGACUGGAGCUGCAGUCCCAGGUGCGGGACUGGAGCUGCAGUCCCAGGUGCGGGACUGGAGCUGCAGUCCCAGGUGCGGGACUGGAGCUGCAGUCCCAGGUGCGGGACUGGAGCUGCAGUCCCAGGUGCGGGGCUGGAGCUGCAGUCCCAGGUGCGGGACUGGAGCUGCAGUCCCAGGUGCGGGACUGGAGCUGCAGUCCCAGGUGCGGGACUGGAGCUGCAGUCCCAGCUGCAGCACAGCCUGGAGCAGCAGCUGUGGCAGAUGCUGGUGAUCGACCCUUCCAGCCACUCCAUCCGUAUAGUCACCCUUCUACCCCUCUCUGCCCCUCUCCACCCCUCUCCACCCCUCUUAACCGCUUCAGAUGCAGCACAGUCUGGAGCAGCAGCUGUGGCAGAUGUUGGUGAUCGACCCUUCUAG